CAAACAAAGCCGGCCAUUUCACGUUCUACAAAGCCGGCCAUUUCACACCUGAAUCCACCUCCCUCUGUCCCUCUCUCCAAUGCCGAACCUUCUCCUCCCCAUCUUCUCCAUCCUCCUCCUCUCCACCAUUCCUCCAUCCUCCCCAUCUCUCCACCGAACCAGACCACUCAUCUCCAAAUCAAUCGACAUCAACCUCUCCUCCUCCUCCCCACCACCUCCGACCACCUUCUUCGAAGUCAAGCGACCCAUUCCCGUCCCCAAAACGCCACCUUGCUCCACCCUCGUCCUCCACCACAACUUCGCCUACACCUACGGCAAACCUCCGGUCACCGCCACCUACCACCCUCCCUCCCACUGCCCCCUCCUCCGCCGCCGCCCCCGCGGUCUACCUCGGCAAUAUCGUCGACGAGACCUACACCGGUAUCUACCACGUCAACGUUUCGUUCCACUUCUACUUCGACCCGCCGCCGGUACCGCCGCCUCCGGAGGCGGCGGCGGAGGUCCCAGCCUUCGUCUCCCCCGCGGAUCUCAUCGUCCCGAUAUCAAAAACCCUACCUUUAAACGAUGGAUUGUGGUUUCAGAUCCAGAACUCAAGCGACAUUCAGGGGAAGGAGAUCUCGAUACCGAGAAAUGCGUACAGAGCUGUUCUUGAGGUCUUCGUCUCUUUCCAUUCAAGCGAUGAGUUCUGGUACACAAAUCCUCCUAAUUCCUACAUCGCUGAGAACAAUCUCACCUCUGUUCCCGGUAAUGGAGCUUUCAGAGAGGUGACUGUGAGAUUAGAUCGGAAGUUGGUCGGAGCUAUAUGGCCCUUUACUGUAAUUUACACGGGAGGAAUAAAUCCGCUUCUAUGGAGACCAAUCUCAGGCAUCGGUUCAUUCGAUCUCCCUUCAUAUGACAUCGAAAUCACGCCAUUUUUGGGAGAGAUUUUGGAUGGGAGGAAUCAUUUCUUCGGAUUUCGGGUGACUGAUUCUCUGAAUGUUUGGUUUAUUGAUGCAAAUUUGCAUCUUUGGAUUGAUGGCAGGAGUUCUUCAACUGAAGGAAGCCUGAUUGAUUAUAAAGCAGCUUCCUUUUCUCCUUCUUUGGUUGCAGAGUUUAAGAAACUUGACGGCCAUUUUCACACAGUGGCGAGCAGGAGGAUUUCUUCAACCGGAUGGGUGAAAUCGUCUUAUGGAAAGAUAACCACACAUUUCUUCCAGGAUUUUAAUUUCACUAAUAAAAUGAAGUUUGCAGGAAAUGGAAGUAUUCAGGAAGUGAGACAGAGGAUAGAUUAUAAUCAUGGAAGUUAUGCAAAAUAUCCAUCUUCAGCACUGUAUUCUGAGCAAGUUUUUCAGAAUUUUCCUCUUUAUUUGUACACAAGGACAAAAGAUCAGGUUAAUGAUAGUUACAGUUUGAUCACAAAUAUUACAUUGGGGUUCAAUGAGAAAAAGUUUUCAGGAGAAAGUUUUGGUUUUUCUUUCAGUAAUUUGAGCAAUUCACAGACUGGUUAUGGAGUUAUGCAUGUGAAGGGAAAUCUGUUUACUGGUAGUGUGGCGAAGACUGAACAGGUUUACAGAUAUGAAGGAACGGGUGGCUGUUAUUAUAGAAAUGUUGGGAGUAAGAAUUACACUAUUUUAUAUGAUAAAUCUGGAGAUAAUUGUAAAAGCAGUUCGGAAUUUGGCCAACCGCUGAAUUCUUACUGGUCCGUUCGCAAGGACGUCACUCGCUACUCCUCCCUCUUCUCCAAGCCCCAAACCCUCGCGGUCUACCUCGGCAAUAUCGUCGACGAGACCUACACCGGUAUCUACCACGUCAACGUUUCGUUCCACUUCUACUUCGACCCGCCGCCGGUACCGCCGCCUCCGGAGGCGGCGGCGGAGGUCCCAGCCUUCGUCUCCCCCGCGGAUCUCAUCGUCCCGAUAUCAAAAACCCUACCUUUAAACGAUGGAUUGUGGUUUCAGAUCCAGAACUCAAGCGACAUUCAGGGGAAGGAGAUCUCGAUACCGAGAAAUGCGUACAGAGCUGUUCUUGAGGUCUUCGUCUCUUUCCAUUCAAGCGAUGAGUUCUGGUACACAAAUCCUCCUAAUUCCUACAUCGCUGAGAACAAUCUCACCUCUGUUCCCGGUAAUGGAGCUUUCAGAGAGGUGACUGUGAGAUUAGAUCGGAAGUUGGUCGGAGCUAUAUGGCCCUUUACUGUAAUUUACACGGGAGGAAUAAAUCCGCUUCUAUGGAGACCAAUCUCAGGCAUCGGUUCAUUCGAUCUCCCUUCAUAUGACAUCGAAAUCACGCCAUUUUUGGGAGAGAUUUUGGAUGGGAGGAAUCAUUUCUUCGGAUUUCGGGUGACUGAUUCUCUGAAUGUUUGGUUUAUUGAUGCAAAUUUGCAUCUUUGGAUUGAUGGCAGGAGUUCUUCAACUGAAGGAAGCCUGAUUGAUUAUAAAGCAGCUUCCUUUUCUCCUUCUUUGGUUGCAGAGUUUAAGAAACUUGACGGCCAUUUUCACACAGUGGCGAGCAGGAGGAUUUCUUCAACCGGAUGGGUGAAAUCGUCUUAUGGAAAGAUAACCACACAUUUCUUCCAGGAUUUUAAUUUCACUAAUAAAAUGAAGUUUGCAGGAAAUGGAAGUAUUCAGGAAGUGAGACAGAGGAUAGAUUAUAAUCAUGAAAGUUAUGCAAAAUAUUCAUUCCCAUCUUCAGCACUGUAUUCUGAGCAAGUUUUUCAGAAUUUUCCUCUUUAUUUGUACACAAGGACAAAAGAUCAGGUUAAUGAUAGUUACAGUUUGAUCACAAAUAUUACAUUGGGGUUCAAUGAGAAAAAGUUUUCAGGAGAAAGUUUUGGUUUUUCUUUCAGUAAUUUGAGCAAUUCACAGACUGGUUAUGGAGUUAUGCAUGUGAAGGGAAAUCUGUUUACUGGUAGUGUGGCGAAGACUGAACAGGUUUACAGAUAUGAAGGAACGGGUGGCUGUUAUUAUAGAAAUGUUGGGAGUAAGAAUUACACUAUUUUAUAUGAUAAAUCUGGAGAUAAUUGUAAAAGCAGUUCGGAAUUUGGCCCUUGAGGAUAUUUUUUAAAAUUUGCAGAAUUGUUGGAAUGAAUAAUAACACUGAGAAGCUUCAGUGAGUGAA